AUGCUGGCGCGCCACAAGCAAUCUGUAGUCGUCGACCUGAAGCAGCCGGCGGGCGUUGCGCUAGUUAAGAAGCUGGCAGAGCGCGCCGACGUGCUCAUUGACCCCUUCCGCCCGGGCGUGCUGGAGAAGCUCGGUCUGGGCCCCAAGCCGCUGCUCGAGGCGAACCCGAAGCUGAUUUACGCGCGCAUGACGGGAUUCAGGCGCGACGGCAAGUACUCGGCCAUGGCGGGGCACGACAUCAACUACCUCGCCGUCUCGGGCGUGCUGAGCAUGCUCGGCCGGGCGGGCGACAAGCCGCACCCGCCUCUCCUGGAGCGCCACCGCUCGUCGGCAACUGUAUGGACAAUCUCGACGUGGGCGACGAGUUCUUCGCCUUCGAGGAGUAUCGGAGCGCGGAGGAGGGAGACGACUCCAUCUGGUACAGAGGGUCCGUGUGAUCAAGUUUACGCUAGUCGCAUUACUAACAGUUCUAGAUAUGUCGUCCAAGGUGUCUCGCUGCCAAUGCUCAUGAGGGGCAAACGCAGCUGA